GGUGAAGUGAUUAGCACUGUUGCCUCACAAGAUGGAGGUUUCGCGUUCUGGUCGUCAUGGCUGGCCGGAUUCUCUCUGCAUGGAGUUCGCAUGUUCUCCUCAUGUCCGUGUGGGUUUCCCCGGGUACUCCGGAUGCCUCCCACUCUGAAAGACAUGCAUGUCAGGUUAGGUAUACUCCUGCCAUUAUCCUUGUCCAAGGCACUCAGAACUGGAGUUGGUCCCUGGGCGCUGCACUGUGGCUGCCCACUGCUACUACAGUAAGUAGCUAGGAUGGGUUAAAUGCUGAAGACAAAUUGUUCGAGAGGAUUCAGUAAAGUCCCUCUCUGUUAAGUCACUUCAAACCCCAAAGCUUGAGUGACUCCUGCUUGUCAUUACAGAGCCCAGUGCACACUGCAGGAUCCAGAGCUGCUCUCAGGGGCACUGAUAGAUGUGGUCAAACACCUGGGCAAUCUGAAGUUCAGAGUCUGGGAGAAGAUGCUGGGGACAGUGCAGUACACUCCUGUGGUGCUGGACCCCAACACUGCAAAUCCCUGGCUCUCUCUCUCUGAUGAUUUGACCACUGUGAGACACACAGGUACAGAGCAGAAAUGUCCUGACAACCCAGAGAGGUUUAGCUACUGUGUGAGUGUGCUGGGAUCUGAGGGCUUUACCUCAGGGAAACACAGCUGGGAGGUGAAGGUUGGGAAUAAAUAUGAGUGGGAUAUAGGAGUGAUGAAAGAGUCCAUCACUAGGAAGGGUGAUAUAACAUGCAGCCCAGGGAGGGGAUUUUGGGUCUUAGUGCUGAGGAAUGGUGAUGAGUACAGUGCAUCUGGAGCUGCUGACCUCACACUGAAGAGGAAGCCCCAGAGCAUCAGAGUGCAGCUGGACUAUGACAGGGGGGAGGUGUCCUUCUUUGACUCCAGUGACAUGUCACCCAUUUACACUUUUAAAGACACAUUUACUGACCCGUACUUCUCUCCGUCUUUGAAAGAGGAUGGGAGAAACGAUGAACCCCUGAAAAUAUGCCCAGUGAAAGUUUCUAUAACAGUGUCAUCCCAGUGAAGGUAUCUAGGAAAUAAGAACUGACUAAAGAUGUUGUACUGAAGGAGUAUUAUAGAGGUAAUCCAUUUAAUAAUAGUACUUAAUCAAUUCUCUUUCAUGAUUAUUUUUUAUAGUUAAUGAACUGCACAUGCAUUUUUUAGAAUGUAUAUACACCGAUCAGCCACAACAUUAAAACCAUCUGCAUUUUUCUGAUUUUUUCUGAGUUAAUAUUUUAUUUUUCUCAGUUUGUAAUCAAACAAUUCACACAUGGUCAAAGCGCAGACUCAGAGCUUUUAUUAAAGGGUAUUCUUAUACAUUUUGGUUUCACCAUCUAGUAAUUACAGCACUUUUUAUACGUAAUCUUCCAUUUCAGUGUUUUAGACAAAUUAACAUAAUGUCAAAGAAUAGAGUCAUGUUUUGUAUUUGGUUGCAUAUCCUUUGCAUGCCAUGACUUCCUGAUGUCUGUGACCUAUCAACUUCAUUAGAAUCUGGAUAUCUUAUUGUCAGGUAGUCCUACAAGCGAUACAAAAACUCUUUGCAUCUGAAUGGAACUCUAUGGGAAUUGGGGGGUGGAACUAGAUUCAGCUGUAAAUUAUUCUGAUACAGUAUGGAACACAUUUGUUGGCUAAAUGGCUUUAAGUCAUCAAGGGUCCAAGGUAUCAAAUGCACAGCCCUUGGACAAAAUCCACUACAUUCCUACAUGAGCAACAUAUGAGUUCCCAGCAUACAGAAACCAGCAGCAUGUACCUCUAGACCUGCACACAGGACACCAGUCAGGAUGCCUCCACCAAAACCAGAGUAAUACCCACCACAGCACCCUCCUCAGUACACAGCUUUGGACCCCUUAAACACAGGAUCCCCGAAACACAGCUGGGACCUUUCUCACCUGGACACGGCUAACCCAAACCUGGCUCAGCUCCUCCCCCCCCCCCACAGCCCAGCACUACAUCUGCAGGACAGCCUGCCAGACCAGAAGGCCCCACUGGCAAUGAGCUGUCAGCAGAUGCUCAGCUUCAUACGCUCUCACCUUCUGGGCUACAUACAGUGGUAGGAAGACAAAAAAAAAGAAAAAAAAAAAAAACAUACAAAUUUCUGACUGAGUGUACAGGGCCCUAUAUAAUGUGUAAUGAUUUAAUAUUAUGUGUCUCUGUUCCAGUUGAGGCUCGCUAGAGGGCGCCGGUGCUUCAGACUUAGUGUUAUUUUUUGCUGGAGGGGUCUCUUAGUUGUUUGUAUUUAUUGUUUUAUUGGUUUUGUCAUGUCUGCACAUGUGUUUAGUUCAUUUAUCUCUUUAGUUUAUGUUCUGCUCCUUUUGGUUUAGAUAUUUAAGUACCUUGUUCUCAUAAUUUUCUUGAUUGGUCUUUGCGCUGCUUGUGGUCCUAAUGUGUAGUCUCUUGUUCUUUGGUUCUAGUUUUCAUGUUCGUACUUGUGUACAUGCAUGUUUGUUGUUUUGUCUCUAUAUGUCAAAAUAAAAGUUCUUGUUAUAGUUGCA